CCGUUUGUCCAGCACAAGCCUCCCUCCUUCCUCGUCUGUUCCAUAUUCCUGGCCCAAAAGAACCCAGAGACCAAGCACAGCUACUUGUACACAAAAAUGGUACUCCAUUAGAACGGGAGAAAACUGGAAUAAACCCACAAACCGACAUGUCGAGAUCAUCGUUAAUUCUUCGCAUAACACCCUUCUUCACCUCUCGGAUUCGCCAAAAUCACAGGCUGCUAAACUCCUCUUCUGCCCUUCGUGAAACUUCUUCUCCAUCCCCUUCCCCUUCUCUCGAUGAAGCUAUUUACUUGACUGACAAUUGCGUCCGGAGGAUGAAGGAACUGCAAACCAGUGAAGGAUUGACUGAGGAAAAAAUGCUUCGCUUAGGUGUGGAAACUGGUGGUUGUUCUGGUUUCCAGUAUGUGUUCGACUUGGACAGUAAAAUCAAUCCAGAUGACAGAGUGUUUGAGAGUGGAGGAGUCAAAUUGGUAGUUGAUAAUAUUUCAUAUGAUUUUGUGAAAGGAGCAACUGUUGACUAUGUUGAGGAGCUGAUUCGAUCUGCUUUUGUACUCAAACAAUAAUACCCAAGUGACCUUAGACUUUGUCAACAAUAUUUCCUGGCUCUCAAAUGAGAAUUGAGGUUAUAUUGAAACUAAGCGGGUCAUUACAUGUCCCAGUGUAUUAAGCACAAAUCUUAUAUAUCAUCAGCAUCAGCAUCAUUAUUGGAAGGGAGUAACUGCAAAAUAUGUGGUAGUUGUUACAACCUAGGAUGAUAGUGUAACUAUAGGUAGUUGGCAAGAGAAAGUUCAAUGACUAAGACAAGUGUUCCCAGCUCUCCUGUGUUUAGACUUUAGAUACAAGUAGCUCGAGGCAUCUUGUAGUGGUUGGCUUGGAUGUUCUGUGCAUCUUUCUGGUAGCAAUUAAUGCCUAUUUGAUGCAAACUACUACUUUAUCAUAAUUUUUUUCAACAAUUCAAUGAUUGUCUGUUUAACAAUCAAUGCUGCAGAACUAAAUUCU